GGAAGACCUUUACAGCAACCUUGAUGGGUCAGAAAUCUGGACAUCCCAAGGAAAAAAGAUAUCCCAAACUGUAUGGUUAUCAGAUUCUGGCACCAGAAGAAGGAGAAGAAGACAAAGAAAACCACAAGAAAGAAAACAACAAGGAUUUGGAAAAAAUUAGCAAGCAGUUUGAAGAAAUCAUUGGAAUGGCAGACUCAAGAAACGGUGCUGUUGGCUUAUACAACAUUGGAUUGAGCUGCUGCAUCAACUCAUUGCUUCAAAGCUUCUUAAUGAACAGAUACUUCACUACGAUACUUCGGAGGAUUAAAGUACCGCUUGGAGCAGCAGAACAGAAGGCCAGUGUCCCUUACCAAAUGCUUCUGCUGUUAGAAAAUAUGCAGCGGGCCAAGGGGAAGUCUGUGCGCCCUUUCCAUCUUAUCUACUGCCUUUCUCUUCACGGCGUGAGAUUGUUUGUUGGCCACGAUGCUUCAGAAGUCUAUUACAAAAUCUGGAACCUACUUAAAGACCAAAUCACAAACACAGACCUGGUUGAAGAAUUGACUCAUCUGUAUACCAUCCAUUUACGAGAGCUCUUGGUGUGCCAGAAAUGUUCCCAUGAAAUAAAGAUAGACAGUAACCAGCUAAUGCUUCAUCUUCCAAUGUUUGAUUUUGAUUCCCGUCCGAUUAUUAACUUGGAAAAUUCACUACGCAGUUUUUUCAGACCAGAGCAAUUAACUAAAGAAAAUACAAGUUACUGUACGAAGUGUGACAAGAAAACAUCAUGUCUGCAGAGGAUGAAAAUAAUGUAUUUGCCACGCAUGUUGACGCUGCAUCUUGCUCGCUUCCGUUCCAAAGAUGGCAACAGAACUAGGAAAGUCACACAUAGCUUGACUUUCCCACCAACUCUAGAUUUCAGCCAAAUCUUGGCACCGGAACAGUUUCAUCCAGAUGCUAAAAAGAAGUGUGAUGGGAUGUACGAUCUCUUUGCGGUGAUUGCCCACUCGGGACUAGCUGACUUUGGUCAUUAUUGUGCCUAUAUCUGGAGUCUCACCGAAUAUAAGUGGUAUUGCUUCAACGAUUCCAGUGUUUGUAAGGUAUUCUGGGAUGAUAUCAAAUCUACUUAUGGAAGACAAUCUCUCUGUUGGGGUGAAACUGCCUACCUUCUGGUUUACAUGAGAAGGAGUAGCAGAUCCCUCCCAAUGGAAAUGAAGACUCACAGUAACUGGGAAAGGCCCAUUCACACUCCCUGAAUUAACCCAGCAAGUUGAACCCAUGUCCAUCAACAUCAGUGAAUGACAAUUCAUAUGAAAAAUGUAUAUCUCAAAGGGAGAAUUAGGAAUGUAGUUAGCCCUCUAGAAAAUGAGUACAUAAACAAAAGAAUGAAUUUCUUUCUAAAUAGUUCUGGAAAACUGCCCAUAAUUCCUUCUUGGGGGUCCAGUUUCUAGAGCAG